AUGGCUAGUGUGAACUUAUAUACGGAGUUGGAGGAUGUGGGUGCGUACAAGUUGUUGCAGAUGACUCCAAAGUUGUUGGAAGCGUUCCAAGAUGGAGAGGUUAAGUUUAAAGCGAUCAGCACGUUUAGUGAUGUUGUUCUGUGUUCUAAAAAUCGCACUUGGGUAGUUAAGCAGAGGAAUCAUUCUAAUACUGUGCUAUUAAUGAAUGAAUUUGUGCCUCAGGAGGUUAUUUUAGAGGAUAAGAUCAAGACAUUUGGGUUAAGUAGGCCGCAGGGCGAUUGGCUGGGGUAUUCUAAACAAUUGUGCGAGCUGGAGCCCACGCUAGUUGAAGGUCUGAUUGAUGUUAGUGAGCUUCCAAUAUACCAGGGAGACGUGGGAUUUUUCUGUAGUGGAGGGCGGAAGAUUAGUCUCACAGAGUUAAAGGACAGAUCGCCGUGCUCGGAGAUAGAGUUUUAUUCAAAAUGGUAUAAGAUGGGUGGUUGCACGGUGAAAGGGCUUGCCUGCCUGUUGUCGCAAGACAUGUUGUUUCGUGCAUUACAUAUAACGUUAAUGAGCUUGCUUGCGGAAUCUCUGGACAUGUCAGCUCUGAGUCUGGUGCAAGUAUAUGAGUCAAUUGCAAAGGAUAUGGUAGAAGACGAAGGGGAGAUUUUUAAUCCGUAUACUAAAGAGGUGAUUGAGACGGUUCUACAUAAAUUUGGGGAACUAAAUAACGACGGCGACAAAUUUAAACUAGAAUUGGACUUAAUUUCACAGUGGUAUGGGAUUUGUGCGUUAAAGAGGUUUGCUAGCUCAGAACCGAUUUCAGAAGAUGAAUUCAUGAUCAAGUGGAAAUCAUUGUUUCCACCGUAUUUCCAAUGUGACAUUGAUUUGGAAUUAGUCAGAGGUCAUUUUGCUCGUCCGUUACAACAUAAAAUCUAUUAUUUGCCUAAAAAUACGCUGCCGAUGGAUAUCAAAGACAGAUUUAGACAACUAUUCAAGAUUCAGAGUUCUUGGGAACUACGAGAUAUUGUGCCCUUUAUUGAAGAGUUGAAUACAAAGGGAAUCAAAAUUGACAGCUUUAUAACGAAAUAUGCGCGUAGGAAAAGAGUGGGAAAGGCGGUUAUUGUAACGGCUAGAUAA